AUGAAACCACCAAAUCCUGACGCCGUUGCCGGUGCCCUUCGCAAACUCCUCCCCAGAGAACUCCCGUCCAGCCUCGACACAUCUCGCCCGGGAAACCUCUACGAAGUGCUCUCGCGUCAUCCUGAUGGUGGAGUCGGACGUCGGGUUACACAGUGUAGAUGGGGCCCGAAGGGGAUUGAAGGAAGCUAUUGGCUUGUCACGAGGGCGAAAUUCAAGUUGGAGGGCAAGCAUGGGAAGGCUUGGGGGCAGUUGUUUUGGAAAGGUCAGAAUGUGACGAAGGGCAAAGACGAGAGGAUUCGGGGAUCGUUAAAGUAUACAUGGGUGGAGGGGAAAUCGACACCACCGAAGGUAGCAGCAGAAGCGAAGAGCUUGGGAUCAUCACUACCACCGUCACCAUGA